AUGACGCUGGUGUGCGCGCAGUUAGCGCUGUCCGUAUGUAAGCCCCGAGUGGUCUGCUAUUUGCCUGACUAUCGGUUGGGAGAGUUGCCGCCGGAAAGCAUGGACCCAACCCUUUGCACACACAUUCACUUUUCAUUUCACAAAUUGGACGAGGGUAGAAAUACUAUCGUCGACGCCACCGGCAGCGCCCGACCCGAGAUCUACCGCCGGCUGACAGCACUCAAGGCUCGCAAUCCGGAGCUGAAAAUCAUUGUUGCGGUCGGCGGUGGGGGUGCGCCCAACGAACCCUUCUCUCGGCUCGUUAAUAACGCUAACCUUAGGGCACAUUUCAUCACUAAUACGAUCGCGUAUUUAAAACAAUACGGUUUCGAUGGUCUGGACCUCGACUGGGAAUACCCGGUGUGUUGGAGCGGCGAUUGUAAUAAAGGACCCGCGUCGGAUAAACCCAAUUUUGGGAAAUUAGUCUUGGAAUUAAGAGCAGCCUUUGAUAAGCAAAACCCACGGCUGUCACUGUCGGCUGCCGUACCGGCCGGCUAUCCCGGCGGCCCUCUUGACAAAUCAUAUGAUAUACCAGCGAUGGCUAAAGCACUGGACUACCUGAGCGUAAUGACGUAUGAUCUAGCUGGUUCGUGGGACCACAAGACUGGCCAUCACUCGGCAUUUCAAAAGUGCAUCGAUUGGAGUCAAUCGUAUGUAAACAAAGGUAUGCCCAAAGACAAGGUGUUGAUUGGAGUACCCUUUUAUGGCCACGUGUUUACCCUACAAAACCCGGCCCAACACCAAAUGGGUGCCCCCAUUACCGGCGAUGGCAAUGUACCGGGCGGUCAGGGAGGGGCCGCCCUGUAUAGUCAAAUGUGCGAUUUGGUUAAAAAUAAGGGUUGGGCUAAAGAGACACCGGAUCAGGGACACGACCCCAUCGCGUAUCAUGGUAAUUUAUGGGUUGGUUAUGACGACCCAUACCAAGCCCAUGACAAGAGCAAGUGGGUUAAAGAUAAUGGAUUUGGUGGUAUAAUUGUGUGGGAGAUUGGCCAGGAUGAUCUACAGCCUCGGUGUUGCUCGGUGAAAUUUCCAAUGUUGCGCGCCAUUAACAAUGGUUUACUGGGCACAGUCUUAUUAUACGCCGCGCUUGUGUGCGCACAGUUAGCGCUGUCCGUAUGUAAGCCGCGAGUGGUCUGCUAUUACCCCGACUAUCGGUUGGGAAGUCUGGCGCCGGCAAACUUUGACGCAACCCUUUGCACACACAUUCACUUUUCGUUUCACAAAUUUGACGAGGGUAAAAAUACCAUUGUCGACAGCACCGGUAGCCCCCGACCAGAUCUCUACAACCAACUAAAAUCGCUUAAAUCCAAAAACCCUGAGCUCAAAAUUAUUGUCGCUAUGGCCGGCGCUGGCGCACCCGAUCAGCCCCUGUCCAACAUGGUUAACAAUCCCACUGCCAGAGGCGCGUUUGUCAAGAAUACUGUCGCAUAUUUAAAGCAAUACGGUUUCGAUGGUCUGGACGUUGACUGGGAGUACCCGGUCUGUUGGGGCGGCGAUUGCAAUCGUGGGCCCGCAUCUGAUAAGCCUAACUUUGGCAAACUGUUAACCGAAUUGAGAGCCGCCUUUGAUAAGAAUAGCCCCCGACUGUCACUCUCGGCCGCCGUACCGGCAAGUUUUCCCAACGGACCCGGAGAUAAAGCUUAUGACGUGCCCGCUAUGGCUAAAGCGCUGGACUACCUGUGCGUCAUGACGUACGACAUGGCCGGCACGUGGGACCAGAAGACUGGCCAUCACUCGGACUUUAAGCGCACCGUCGACUGGAGUAAACCCUAUGUAGACAAAGGUAUGCCCAAAGACAAGGUGUUGCUGGGAGUGCCGUUUUAUAGCCGCGGGUUUACCCUACAAAACGCGGCCCAACACCAAAUGGGAGCCCCCAUUACCGGCGUUGGCAACACUCCGGGCGGUUCCGACGGCGCCUCCCUUUACAGCGAGAUUUGCGAUUUGGUUAAGAAUAAGGGCUGGAAAAAGGAGAGACCCACCGGUGGUAAAGACCCCAUUGCCUAUAGUGGCAACGUAUGGCUCGGUUAUGACGACCCAUACCAGGCCUAUGACAAGAGCAAAUGGGUGAAAGACAAUGGCUUUGGCGGUAUAAUCGUUUGGGAGGUCGGACAAGAUGAUACCCAGGGUAGUUGCUGUGCGGUGAAGUUCCCAAUGCUCCGGGCGAUUAAUAAUGGUCUGUUUGGCACUGGAAAGGGACCUGAAACUUAUGGUUGUGAACAUAAAUAGUUUCAUGUUUUUAUUGAAAAUAUUAUCAUUUAAAAAAUUUUAAUAAAUAAAUAUUAUUAAAAAUA